AUGCAGCUGGGAUAUGGCUACAGCAUGAACAAGAAGGCGAUAAUCCCACUGGACAUUUCAAUCUGCGGCUUGGAUUUCAAUCACUCGAUAACUGGGAGGGCCCUGACCGAACUCACCGCUCACAACUGGGAUCAAGGCAGGGGCGGCGUCACUUUCAUAUCCUCCGACGUCUUGAACGCCUUUCCGAGGGAAGACAUCAUCUACCUCACUGCCGACAGCGACAACUGCAUCCACGAAUUGGAUCCCUCCAAGGUGUACGUUAUCGGAGGGCUGGUGGAUAGGAACAAGCAGAAGGGCGCCAGCCUCUCGAGGGCAGCUCAGUCCAACGUUCGACACGCCAGGUGGCAUGCAUGA